GCAUGCACAUUUGCACCGGAGCCCAGCCCAACCCACCUUGCUCAAAUAUGCAAAGCUGCUAUGGAAAGCAGACACUGCAUGCUCCAGCCGUCAGCUGGAAGCCUCUGCCAGUCUACCUGCUGCAGGUGAAAGUCACCUUGCCCCCAAACGCCUCGGGGAGCUCAGAGAGAGAGGCCUGCUUUGCCUUGAGCUUGUCCCAGCUUGGCAAUCAUUAAUCAGAUUCUUCACAUUCCUGACUGCUGGCCUGUUAUGGAAGAAUGACCAACGGGGCUCAAGUCAGCCAGGACUGGCUGUCAGACAUGCAGCUCACUGGGAAGCUGGCACUUUCCACAGCGGCUCUGCUCCUACUGACUUUGGCUUAUAGAUUCUAUAAGUCCCGACCAUCCAGCAGCGGGAUCAGAAACGCUGAGCAUGUGACGGAGCAGAGAGAACAGGCUGGAUCCGGAAGGGGAGGCGCAGAAGAAACACCACGGGGACUCAGGAACAGGCAAGUCAACAGCAAUGGGGUGAGGCCAAGCACCAGCAAAGGGAAUCAAAGUGCGCACCUGGGUGGGACGGUCACAGCGGGAACAUGGGGCUCACAAAGCACACCGCCCAGGGAAGAUCAAAGGCUGCCAAAGGGGAAGGAGGAGGAGAAAGAGAAGGGAAAAGAGGCUUGUCAGCUGGUCGCCGAAUCACAGCCAGACAAAAAGCAGCCUGUUUUUGAGGGACAGGGGCAAAGUCCAGGUGAAGUCCUGAACGUGGUGACAGCAGACGGUGCAGAGCAGGAGGCACCGGUGGCAGGAACAGAAGCCAGGGGUAAGCGUAACAUUUGCAGGCUGGCAUGCAAACCGGACAGCUCCAUCGAUGACAGCAGGGGGGCCAGCUGGGACGUAGCCUCGCAGCAAUCUGGGUGUAGCGUCAGCCUCAGGCACAAUCCUUACAGCACCCAAGCAGGAAAUGCUGCUGAGCUCACAGCAACUGACAGAUCCAGCCCGGACACUGAGGAGGAGGAAGCAGGAGACAUGAGUGAGAGUUUGGCCUGGAACCAGGAGGCCUCGGCUGGCCAGGAGAGGAUUCAGACCCUCAAUGCUACAUCGGACAUGGGCUUAGCCAUCAACCAAAGUGAUCAGAGGUCUGAUGCCUCCUACACUUUCUCCUCCAUUGCAAAGAUACAGGUGGAGGAAAACUAUAUUACAGAGAGGCAGCCCAGGGAGGAAAAGCCGUGGCUGUCCACAUCCUCCACUACUAGCCUGCGAGGCAAGGUCUAUGACUACUACGUCCAGUCCACCUCGCAGUCUGUGUCGAAGGAGCGGCCCUGCUCGUACACCGACUCACUCUACCAUCCAGACAAAAUCCACGAAGAGCUAAGUGAAUGUGAGACUUGGCUGCACCUGUCUACGCCCCAAGAACCAGCCAGUGAGUCAGCAGUGGGAGAUGAAGACCGAGCUUCACCAACAGCAAACAUCCCACCCAUCUCUCCCCGUCUCCUGCCUUUCAGACAUCCCGCAGAGAGCAUGGAGCAUGCAGACUGGGGUGGCGCAUCUGAUCUGGGCAGCUCCUUCUCGCCCGCCCACAAGACAGCUGAACCGGAAAGCAAGUUUGGCAGGAAAGAGAGUUUCCAUCAAAUUGCAGAUAACCCCGAACUUCAGGUGCAGAUGGAAGGGUUCGGGGCUUUGACGCCAGCUGGCAGAAGAUCUGACUCAAGCACUCCCCCUGCCAGUCCCCUCCACUCCAGAUCCAUCGUUUCCCCGGUGGAAUCAUUUCACAGCCUCCAGCCUCAUGCAGGCAAUGAACCCAGAGUGGAACUUGUUGCUGGUGCCAACUUCUUCAAAGUCCCAUUAAGCUUGCAGUCUGAUGUGGACAUCCACCUGGAUUUGGGGAACUGCUAUGAUGUCCUGUGCAUGGCCAAGAAGCAGAAACUGGACAGUCUCCAGGAGGCAGCAUAUAAGGUCAUGAGCGACAAUUACCUCCAGGUCCUGAAGAACCCGUCUAUCUUCGGGCGCCUCAAUGCCAGGGAGAGGGAGCUGAUCCUCCUGAGGAGGAUGAAGGGCAGGAAGUACGUCACCGUAGCAGAUGUCAGCACGCAGGAGCAGAGCUUGCACACCAGCAGGCUCUGUUACUAUGAUAAUGAAGGCGACAUCUGGCAUCCCCUGUCCUAUAUGCCAGUGGAGGCGGUUUCUAGGGGCUGCGCUAUCUGCAGCAUGUUCAAUUACCUCUUUGUGGUGGCUGGCUGCAAAGGGCUGGGCCAGCACCAGAAGCCUUCCAACAGGGUUUUCUGCUACAACCCCCUGACCAGUAUUUGGCAGGAGAUCUGCCCACUGAACCAAGCCAGACCUCACUGCAAGCUUGUCGCCUUGGAUGGAUACCUGUAUGCGAUCGGGGGAGAGUGCCUCUAUACUGUGGAAAAGUAUGACCCCCGCCAGGACCGGUGGACCUUCACCGCGCCGCUGCCCAAUGAUACCUUUGCUGUCGCCCACACCGCGACGGCGUGCGACGGGGAGAUUUAUGUGACCGGGGGCACACUGCGCUACACGUUGCUCCGAUACGUCAGCCGGUCGGACAGCUGGAAGGUCAGCAUCACCAGCGGGAGCAAGGACCGGACCACCGAAAUGGUCACCGCCGGUGGCUUCAUCUACCGCUUUGACCUCAACCGCAGCAUGGGCAUCAGCGUCUACCGCUGCAGCCCGAAAGCCAAGCUGUGGUACGAGUGUGCCACCAAACGCAUGCCUUUCCCACCCUGCUUCCAGUGUGCUGUGGUGGAGAACCUGGUCUAUUGCAUCAGCCACCAGUUCAACAUCAGGUUCCUGGCUGACCAUGUCUCGCCACGCUUCGGAGUCAAGGAGUUACAGCUUUUCCCUUCCCCCCGAGGGACCCUCCUCCCCGUCGUCCUGGCGCUGCCAGACAGAGGCAUGGUGCAAACAAGGGUCUGAUGAGAAGCUAAAAAAAACCCUGAUUCUUCUCUUUUCUUUUGUCCUGGGCUCAAGGGCCAAAGGCAGCUUCCAGAGCCACCGAACUCGGCACCUGUCAAAUCCAGACUUCCCUGAAAUCCAGGGAUAUUCACUUCCACGGUUCUAAUUCAACCCAUUAUAGAGAUGAUCCAACUGUGGCAUUAGGAUCCAGACUUGGGGGAGGGCUUCUAUCCUUGGUUCAAGCCCUUCUCUAACUAAAAAGCAGGAGAAACGAAACUGGCUAACUGUAUAUUUCCAUUGUUGGCAAACGCCUCCCACUAGUAGCUCCCGUUCAGCAGACACAGAAGAUGCAAACAGUGGGUUGGGUGAGUGCAUUUUUUGGGGGAGAUAUUUAAAUACCUGUAAACGUUGGUGCAAAUUAAAUGCAAGCCUCAGACUCCUGGGAAGUUGCCAAAGUGGCCGUGGGUGGAGCAAAGUUUGGGACACCACUGUAAAGUAAUUCCCUACUGUGCUUUGGGCGAUACAUCGCUAUGACUUACCAGCAAGGGGUGUUUCUUAUGUACCAGAAAGACAGCUGGAAGGGGAAACUCCCUGGAGGUUUUUCGAGUAUGCAGGUGGAGAUGGGGAAUCUGAAAGGGACAGCAUCCAGACUGUGUCCUUUGCACCAGUACCAUGCCAAGGACUUCAGCUGCCUGGGAGGGCUGGAACUGAGGCAGGGUCCGGCCAUUGGCAUCAUCACCUAAAGCAAGCAGCUGUGCUGCGACCCCCAAGUGCCCGUGUGGAGGUCGGGAGCUGAAUGCGGAGCCAGCUCAGGCCAUGGCACACUGGCAGGGCAUCAAGGGGGGAGCGGGCCUUGUUUAUGCUCAGGCCAAGAUCACUGACGGAGUAAAGAGAAUUUCAGCCUCCGCCGGGCCUGCCAAGACAGCGCUUUCCAACAGCAAGAUACGUUUUAAAAGGCUAGAGAGCUGGGCCGCUUCCAAAAAUAGCCCCAAGGCCCAGCCCCCCGGUGCACAAGGCGUUCCUUACAGCUGUCUGUGCUCCCCCCUCCUCCUCCUCAGCGAGAGCUCCAGGUACAAGGGGCAUUCUGGGCACGUCAGGGGGAAGGAGGGCCAUGUGGCUGGGGUAGGUGAUUCCCUGCCCGCCAUAAUGGGCAUAAGGCAACUGGGUGAAAGUUAAAAAUCCACCAGCAGGCACUUGAGUCCAAACCAGCCCCUGGCAGCCACAGAAUCUGGGGGGACGUAUGCCCCCCAACUAGGGUCACCAGACAGCAAGUGUGAAAAAUCGGGACAGGGGUGGGGGGUAGUAGGAGCCUAUAUAAGACAAAGACCCCAAAAUCGGGAGAGUCCCUAUAAAAAUCGGGACACCUGGUCACUCUACCCCUCUUUAGCCCUUACCCCCAGUGCCUUCAUAUCUCAAACAGCCCUCUGCUGCAUAGAUUAUUAUUGCAGUAUCUCUAUAUUACGGUAGCACCUAGAGUCUCCAGUCUGGAUCAGUCCCCACGGAUGAACAGCAACAUAAGGCUAACUGUUGAGCUUUGGUCAAGUCAUUUAACCAUUCUGUGCCUCAGUUUCCCCUAGCUGUAAAAGAGGGAUAACGAUACUUAGCUACCUUACAGAGCAUUGCUAAGCUAACUCAAGUCAGGGAAGAACAUGAAAGCCCUUCCGUGCAAGAUGCUAUCUCUUUAUUGAUCUUCGGGAUAUCCAAAGCACCUCUUGCCUUGUUAUCUAAAUGCUAUAGAAGUACAAAUGUUUGGUAUUAAAUAAAGCUAACCAAGACUGGGUUGUGCAUCUUUUAAAAUCUGUAAUGGAAGCUACAAGAAAGGAAAAGAACAGUAACAAUAUUCUGAAGUGAGUUAGUAAAUUAAAACAAGAACGUCUUUGCAAAAAGUUUAAUAGGCACAACUGCCUUAAUAUCUCAUCCUGCAAAUGGAGCCAGUGCAGCUGUCUAUCGGUCAAGCAGAUGCUGUGGUAUAAGUGUGACAGUUAUCUCAGGCAGAAGGGAUUGCACAAGUCUACAUCUGCUUUUGAAGGAGGCACUGCAAGGUAAAAUCCUUUAACAAGAGCAAAUGAGUCCCUUAACAUGAUGGCUGGGACAAAGGUGUGACAUUGCACCCCAUAAUGCUUUAUAGAAAUAUGCUUUUGAAUGUAAAUAUGAUAUAACUGGAAU